UCCUUUAACCUAUUAUACUCCUUGCAUCUCUUCUCUUGUUAUCCUUCCGUCAGUUUCUUUGAUUGAUAGACGAUGCCCGCGCCUCCACCGGCAACUGCAAGCUCCAGCUCUCCGGCGUUGGACUCUCACCACGAUCUUCUCAAACUGGUGAGGAGUCACGAGGUUGCAUUAGCGGAGCUCAAUACUAUCCCUGCUUCUGGAACUGUCUUCCAGAGAAAUGGGAACCUAUUUUUCCGUACAACUGCUCAGAAGGCAACUUCUUAUGAGCAAAAGCAAUUGGAGAUGGCCAAAGCUAAGCUGCAAAAGCUAACUUCUUGAUGUUAUCAAGUGUUUUUUCAUGGUUUGGUUGUAGCCAAGUGCAGUAUUUGUUAUAUUUGUGAAAAGUUCCCUGAUGAACAUGUUUGAAAUGUUUCAAAUUGAAUUUCACAAGUCCUUUGAUUUAUUGAAAAGCUCGCUGCUGCUGUUGGAAGGUGUGA